UACAGCGGACUCCCGCCACAGUGACCACCCUAUGAGUGUCCUUCUGGAGCCCUAGAUCAAGAGUGCUGAAGCUCAAAAUGAGUGCCGUCGGGGAGAAUGCCCUUGACCCUCUGACCCCGGAGUCACGCAAGAGGAAAGGCUCUCCGUGUGAUACCUCUGGUCCAAGUGUGGAGAAGCGGCGUAGGGAGCUGGAGAGCUGCUACAUUGACGAGCUGGCUGAGCUGCUGUCUGCCAACAUGAGUGACAUUGCCAGUCUGAGCGUCAAGCCAGACAAAUGCCACAUCCUCAAGAGCACUGUGGACCAGAUCCAACAGAUCAAACGUCGAGAGCAGGAGAAGGCAGCUCUCAUGUCACCAGAUGACGAGGUGCAGAAGAGCGAUGUCACCUCCAGCAGUCAGGGUAUGGUGGAGAAGGAGGCUUUGGGGCCUCUCCUCCUGGAGGCCCUGGACGGGUUCUUCUUUGUGGUGAACCGGGAAGGCCGGAUCGUCUUCGUCUCUGAGAACGUCACUGGUUACCUUGGUUACACCCAGGAGGAGCUGAUGACCUCCAGUGUGUACAGUAUCCUCCACGUGGGCGACCACAACGAGUUUGUACGCAACUUACUGCCCAAGAGCCUUGUGAACGGGGUACCGUGGCCACAGGAGCAGGGCAGGAGGAGCAGUCACACCUUUAAUUGCCGGCUGUUGAAGAGACCUCCAGACGAGGUGGACUCAGAGAACCAGGAGGCACGACAGCAGUACGAGACCAUGCAGUGUUUCACAGUCUCACAGCCCAGAGCCAUGCAGGAGGAGGGCGAGGACCUUCAGAGCUGCCUCAUUUGCAUAGCAUGUCGUAUGCCCCGCCCACCUCAGAUCCCUGUUGGCACAGAGUCCUUCAUCACCAAGCAGGAUCCCACAGGGAAGAUCAUCUCGAUUGAGACGAGUGCUCUGAGAGCCACUGGUCGGCCAGGCUGGGAGGACCUGGUCAGGAAGUGCAUCUAUGCCUUCUUCCAGCCUCAGGGCAAAGAGCCCUCUCACGCCAAGAAGCUGCUACACGAGGUGAUGACCCAUGGCACGGCCAUCAGUCCUCUGUACCGUUUCACACUCAGUGACGGGACACCCCUUAGUGCUCAGACACGCUGCAAAUUCUGCUGCCCCCAAAACCCCGACGUACAGCCAUUUAUCAUGGGCAUCCACACUAUCGACAGGGAACACAACACUUCUAGCUCUCAGGAAAACACUACCCCCAGCCUUCCGUCUCCCGCUGCCCAGCCCUUACGCUCGCCCUCUCUCCUGCCCACCAGUGACCUCAGUCUGCAUCUCAACAACGGCAACGGCACCUGUGCCACGCCUGGACCUCCCACCCCCUCCCCCACGACCACGGGCUACCCGAUGCCCGGCCGCGGUGUGCCUACGGGUCAGCCGGUCAGCAGCCCCUCCCCUCUGGGCAGUCCUCUCACAGCCACCCCUACCUCAUUCAUGUCCCCGCGGCCCCCGCGGGGCAGUCCAGGCCUGGCCGGCAGCCCCCGCGUGCCUGGCCACCCUUUCUCCCCCUCGGCUGCCGGCCUCCACUCUCCUGCCAGCACUCUGACCCGCCAGCAGUCGAGCGGUGACGGCAUGGGCUUCUCUCUGCCCUCCCCUCUGCCCCCCAGACAGACACCCACCCCGAGUACCUCCCCGGCCCGUCCUCCCCCGGCCAAACCACCUGAGGGCUCCUCUGACGAGCCGAAAACCGGCCCAGCGGGCAACCCCAAGCUCAACCAGCUCCUCGAUAGCAGUGCCAACCCGGGGCAGACGGACCAGGACUCCUCCUCUUCCUCUUCGUCGGUAAAUCCUCAUCCUCGUCCAGCGGUGGCCGGCCAGUGUCCCGCCUCUCAUAGCACCCUGACGGAGCGACACAAGAUCCUGCACCGCCUGCUCCAGGACAGCAGCCCGGUGGAGACGCCCAAGGAGCCGGAGAUAAAGAAGGAGCCCCCGGCCAGCCCCAGCCCUGCCCCAGGUAGCGGCAAGGAGCACCAGGACCACCAGCUGCUACGCUUUCUCCUGGACACGGACGAGAAAGACCUGGGCGACCUUCCUCCUCCGGCCGCGCUCAGUCUGCAGACGGUCAGGGUGAAGACAGAGAAGAAAACGAGCGGCGAUGCAACACUUUGCGCAGCGACCACAACGCCGGCGACCGUCUGCUCUCCCAAACCCAGCGACAGGCCCAGUCCGCAGUUUCCCAGUGCUGACCUGGACUCACUCAACCAGCUCUUGCCAACGCUCCAGCAUUCUGGAGGAGGGGGCAAGCCCACGGAAGAGCCAGGACUCCCCCAGCUUGCCGAAGACAAUGCCAGUAAGACUGUGAGCGUGAAGAGGGAGUCUCCAGGAACGCCUGCACACAUGUGCCCUGAUGGCACCAAUCUCCAGAGUCAGCUGCCCUUUGACUUCUGUGACCCCUCCACACCCACAGCCAGCCAGGUGCAGGCCCAGGUCCCUGGUCCAGUGCCUGUGUCCGUUCCAGGGCAGGGAGACCCCUUCCAGACCCCGAAGGAGAGCAGUAGCCCAUUCACUGAUCCUGCCAGCAUUAACUUCAACACCAACCCAGGGCUGACCAAACUAGAGUUGCCAGACACAGACCAGUUCCAGCCUGUGUCUCUGGCUGACCCCUUGGCUUUUGAUGGGAGUUUGGGAAUUCAGUCACAGGCUCCACUGGCCUCUCCUCAAGAGCAGUGUGUGCCGUGCCCACUGGAUGAGAUGCUGUGCCCGCCAACCACCCCAGAGGGCCGCAAUGAUGAGAAAGCCCUUCUGGAGCAGCUUGUGUCCUUCCUGAGCGGCACAGACGAGAGCGAACUGGCUGAGCUGGACCGCGCCCUGGGCAUCGACAAAAUCAUACAGGGUGGCUGUCUGGACCCUGUCCCUCAGCGCUUUCCCCAGCCUGCUCCCUCUAACCCUAUGCCCAUGGACCCCAAAAUGACCAGUUACUCCCCCCAGUUUUCCCCGGGCCCCUCCCAAUUUCCUGCUGAGAUGGCCCAGCCUCAGGCCAUGGGUUUCGGGGGUCCCCGGGUCCAGUUUCCGGGCAACAUGGGGAUGACGCUGCGACCUGGUAUGACCCGCGCACCAGGGAUCCCCAACCAGGUCAGGGUACCUCCCAACCAGCUGAGACUACAGCUUCAGCAGCGCCUGCAGGGCCCCCAGCAGCUGCAGAACAGGAUGGCAUCCAUGGGCCAGUUCCCACAGGGCGGGCACGUCGCCAUAGGGAUGCGCCAGGGCAUGCAGCCACCUCAGAUGCCCUCUCAGCCUCCACUCAAUGCUCAGAUGCUAGCCCAGCGGCAGAGAGAGCUCUACAGUUUCCAGCAUCGCCAGAGGCAGCUCCUGCAGCAGAAGGUCAUGCUAAUGAGGCAGGGCGUGGCCCCAGGGCCCCUUGGACCCCAGCGGGGUCCCAAAGUCCCCCAGCAGCAACAACAGCAGCCUCAGCCUCAGCCUCAGCAGCAGCAGCAGCAGCAGCAGUUUGGCUACCCUCAAGGCUACAGCGCCAUCCCCGGAAGCACCCCCAACUCCCCCGCACACUUCAGCCCCAUGGGGGCCCCGCUGGACCCUAAACUCUCCACCCAGGGUCCUAUGGGAAACCAGAAUCUGUUGGGAGGAAUGCAGGGGCAAUUCGGGGGGGCUGUAAACCCCCCUGUUCAGCCAGGGCUCUUUCAACAGUUUGGAGGACCAGGCAUGGUUCAGCAAGAUUCAUCCUUUCCACCAGAGCUGAGUCCUACUAGCCCCCUGUUGUCACCACAGAACUCCACUUCUCAGAGCCCUUUGCUUCAGCAAACCCAGACUCUGCCAGGUUACCAGUCACCUGACAUGAAGAACUGGCAGCAAGGUGGCAUGGGAAACAACAGCCUGUACAACCAGACUGGGCAGACAGGCUCCCAGGCCUUUGGCCAGCAGGGUGUAUACAACAACAUGAGCAUAACGGUGUCCAUGGCUGGGGGAUCUGGAGCCGUUGGCUCUCUACCUCCCAUUGGUCCACCAGUCGGCAUGGGCAACAGCAACCUUGGCAACGUCAGCUCCAUGUGUAAUGAUCAGGUACAGCAGGUGCAAGUGUUUGCUGAUGUUCAGUGCACUGUCAACCUGGUGGGAAGCGACUCUUACCUUAACCAGUCGGGUUCCAUGGGGCCCCAGAAAGCCCAGAGUGGAGCCACUACAAACCAGUCCCAGCAGAAGAGUCUUCUUCAGCAGCUCCUGACUGAGUGACCCACCCCUCGAAACCUGCCAGAGGACGCCCUCCACACGUAGAGAUUUCUAUUCUUCACCUUUGGUUUCCAUACAGUGUAACCGUAGGGUCGUUUUCUGUUGGCCCAAUGCUGGUGGGGCAUCACAUGCUCUUGUCAAGAGCGCUCAUUCCUGGUCACCUACUUUUCAACAUCUGCUUCCAGAAUGGGGGGAAAAAAAACAACAAGAGAACGUUCCAGAAUUUGCCAAGUCUGUAAGUCAAGCCGUUGUUGCAGAUGGUCACAGAGAGCAGGCCAGCAGUUGAGUUCAGACCGGUCGGUGUUUGGAAAGGGGGGGGGGGUGGUAACCAUGGCGUCAUCCCAGCCUCUCAGUGGCCUGGCCAGUGGGACAGUUCUUGGGGAAUGUUUUAAGUUGUCCUGCGCAAUGGAAAGCUCAGUUUCAGCUGGAUCUGUCACUGAAAAGCUCCCCUCAGCAGUGCCUGAAGACGGGAGGAAUUUCCCAGCUCUUUUAUUCGUUUGUCAGUUUUAUUUUUUUUGGUUUUGUUUUUGUUUGUUUGUUUGUUUUCUGUGUUUUCAGAACAAGCAUUGCCAGGAUGGGAGACUGUUCUGUAGCACAGACGUCCGCUAUAGGCUUUCCUGGGUGAACUCUUUGGAAAUGACAGUCGUCCUACUCAUUUUCUCCCCUCCAGCAGCUGUGAAUGCGAGUCGCUGAGGCAGGCAGCGGCUUCCCGGUGUAGUCUGACGUGUGUACUGUACGGUUCAGUAUCAGUGUACAGCACAAACGGACACAUGUUUGGAUGAGAUCACACUUUUUCUUCUU